AUGCGCACUUUUAUCCACUUUGCUGACCCCUACGUCUUGUUUUAUCGGCGCUCUUGCCAGAUAAUCGCUGUUUUGACGAUCAUCAGAAUUUCGGUUGUAGCCACAACUACCUUGUUAUUUUUUCCAUUCUUCUUCACAUUUCCCCCAUCCGUCUGGAUUCCAGGUCGUCGCCAGGUGCAGACACGUCUUGUGCUUCCUAUAGCCGAAUCAUUGAAUUCAGGCGACUGUUUCAUCCUCGUAACAGUGGACAGCGUAUAUGCCUGGCUCGGCCAGUUUGCCAAUAUCGUUGAAGUCAGUAAAUCGCGCGAUUUAGCCAGCUGGAUCUGCCGUAAACGGGAGCUAGGGUACAGAGGUCCUCAGCGUCAACAAAAUCAAAAUACCAUUCGAGAUCAGGUCGAUGAUGACUCCCAGACAAGCGAAAGGAAUAUUGACUCUCUAAAUGAUGUAACUAAGUCAGGGAUUGAUGGUUGUUCAGACUACUUGACAAUAAAGGAAGCUUGGAGCAGUUCUAUUCAACCGAUGGAUUCUGAGGGUAGUUAUCAGGAGGCCCUUGCGAGAGCUAGGAAUACCCGAGUUGAGCUGCAGUUCUGGCAAGCUCUUGGAUAUGAUUCAGUCCAGCCAGUUUCACGUGAGUCUUUUUACUAUAUUUGCCUGCAUUAUACUCAUAACCAUGCAGAGGUAUUCUUAAAUAUAUUAGCAAUACUUUACGUGGGAUUGCUAACAACUUGUUUAAUUAUCACUUAUCAUAUACUAUCCAAAACUACUUGCCUUCAGUAG